CUGGACGCUGCUGCGCUGAUUUCGAACCAGGCCCUAACAUUUGUCCACAAAAUAGUCAAGCCUCUGAGAUGCAUCUGUAUGCGGGAACUUAUGGGGAAUUGUUUCAAAGGAAUGGUUAUGUCAAUGCAUGCAAAGGAUAGAGCUUUUUCUUCAAAACACGGUGACAUAAGUAGCAUUGGUGUUAGAGCCUCCCAGUCAAUGGAUAACACCAGUCCUUUCCUUUCUUCCCGGUCCAAUAAAACUAGAGUUUCUGAAACUAUUCAAAAUGGUUCCCCCUUAGUUAACCGUAUGACAUCCAAGCCGCAGUCACGUCAACCUGCAGGUCUCCCUUCAAACGUAGGGAUUAGUCUUUUUCAUCCUACUGAAUCACAGGCUUUGACCGCCGGCCAAAUCAGUGACAGAAGCGUUAAGCAAUUUAAGCCAAAACUCUUUGUCGCUUUAUUUGAUUAUAAUGCACGUACAGAUGAGGAGACGUUUCUUUCCAGAAGAGAUGAAGUAUUGGUGCUAGCAGACAAAGAUUCAGAUUGGUGGCUCGUACAGAACUUGAGUUCCGGUAGGAAAGGAUAUGUUCCAAGUUCAUUUGUUGCAAAGAAAGGAUCAGUCGAAGCUGAAGAAUGGUUUAUGCCUAAGUUGUCGCGUAAGGACUCUGAAAGAUUACUACUAUUGGAAGGCAAUGCACAAGGUGUAUUUUUAGUACGUGAAAGUGAAACCAGCCAAGGUUCUCUAACAUUAUCUGUACGUGAUGAAGAACAUGGUUUAUCGGGUAUAAUGAAUACAGUGAAACAUUAUCGUAUAAAACAUCCAGAUUAUCGUUAUUAUUAUAUUACAACAAAAUGUAGUUUUUCUAGUUUACAAGAACUGAUACAAUUUUAUUCCAUUGAUUCACAUGGUUUAUGUUGUAAAUUAACAAGAGCAUGUUUACGUCCACCACCAAUCACUUCAGAUUUAUCAGUUAAAACAAAAGAUCAUUGGGAAAUAUCCAAAUCAUCCAUUGUAUUAAUUGAAAAACUAGGCGCUGGACAAUUUGGUGAAGUUUGGAAAGGUACUUGGAAUGGUACUACAGAAGUUGCUGUAAAAACUUUAAAACAUGGAACAAUGAGUAAAGAAGAUUUUUUAAAAGAAGCACGUAUAAUGCGUGCAGCUCAACAUCCAAAAUUAGUUCGUUUAUAUGCUGUAUGCACAGAAGACCCGAUCUAUAUUGUUACUGAAUUAAUGUGUAAUGGUAGUCUACUACAAUAUCUACGUGAUGGACCAGGGAAAAAUUUACAAAUUAAUCAAUUGGUCGAUAUGAUGGCACAGAUUGCUAAUGGAAUGGCUUAUUUAGAAAAAGAACAUUAUAUUCAUCGUGAUUUAGCUGCACGUAAUAUUUUAGUCGGUGAAAAUAAUUGUGUUAAAAUAGCUGAUUUCGGUUUAGCACGUAUGGUUGAAGAUCAUUAUUCCACUUAUAUGGCACAAAAAAGUACUAAAUUCCCUAUUAAAUGGACAGCACCAGAAGCUGCAUUAAUGGGUCGUUUCACUAUCAAGUCGGAUGUUUGGUCAUUUGGUAUUGUGAUUUAUGAAUUGAUCACCCUGGGACAAGUUCCUUAUCCAUCAAUGAAUAAUACAGAGACAUUGCAUCAAGUUAGUACUGGUUAUCGUAUGCCACGUCCAGCCAACUGUCCACAGUCGAUUUAUGAUAUGUUAUUACAAAUAUGGGAUAGUUGCCCAGAGAAACGUCCAACAUUUGCAUUUUUAUUUGAAUUUUUUGAAGAUUAUUUUGUUACAUCGGAUACAAAUUAUAAACAUGCUCAUUCAACUAACAUGAUUAAUGGUAAUUCUAACAUUACUACUCCUACUACUACUACUAAUACUACUGUUAAUCACAAUUAUCAAAAUCAUAGUCUACAUCAAUUAACAGAAUCAACUUCGACAUCAACACCAACACCUGCAUCACUUGACACUAUCAAUACAUCUGCCAAUCUGAAUGGUACUACUACUACUACUACUACUCAUUCUUCAUCCGGUGUAUCAAAAUGUUGUAGUGGACGUUUAUUAUUAAAAGAUAAACUAUUACGUCAAAGUACUCAAUAAAAUAUUGAAAUAUUGAAUUUAAAGAAACAUAAACAAACGAACAAUUUAAUUUCUCGUGUUUUUGGUUGUGCCAAAUAAUGCCGAUUAUUAUGAUUAUGAUUGUUAAAACUUAUCUACCUGUCUGUAAUCAGAUUCUUAUUCUUAUUCUGUAUUUUAUUUUAUUUUUUUUCUCUUUUAUUAAAACUUUAUCUAUCUAUGUGUAUUGAUUAAUUUAUUUUUACCAUUUUGAUUCUUUUCACAACAAAGAACUCUCUGAUCGUGUCAUACUACUUAUUUAUUAUCUCAUGCAUUUAUUAGUAGUAUUAGUAGUAGUAGUAGUAGUAGAAGAAGAACGAAUUUUCAAUGAUGUCAAGUGUGUGAUAGAGUUUUUGGUUUUAAUGCAUCUUCUCUUCUUAUAUUUAUUUGUCUAUUGUCUGAUUGUUGUGAUUGAACUGUUGAGUUUUGUUUAAAUCCACCUCUUACUUAGUUCACGCGCGCGCGCGAAAAUGUGGCAUUUUCAAAUCAUCAUUAUCAUCAUCAUGUUUAUUUGUGAGACUAUCAAUAGGAAAUUAUUAUUAUUAUUAUUUAUAUUAAACACAUUACUCAGGGUUUAAAACACACACACACACUUGCAUUUUAUAUGUAUGUUUCUUUCUGCCUACUCUUACUUGUAGAGUUAGUUUACCCUUCAUUGAAGAUGUGUACUGUUUGAUUUGAAUUAAAUAUUCAUCUGUUUCAAUGUCUGCUCAUAUUCUUAUUUAUUGAUUUUUUUUCCAAUCAUGACUAUGUUGUGUGUGUGUGUGUGCAGGUGCACGCGUGUAGCUUUUCCAUUGAUUUCAAAAUGUAAUUGUACUCACUCAUUCAUAUAUCCCAGCUCAAUCAUUCAUUCGUAUUGAAUAAGUUUUUACUUUAACCGAGAAUUAUUAUGUAAUUCUAUAGAGAAAAAAAAUCAAUAAUAAUAAUAUUCAUGUGAAUAGCUUACUUUUUAUUUUUUUCUUUCUGUGGUUAGGGUUGAUUGAAGCUUGAAUCUAUCUACAUUGUAUACUUCUUGUUUUACACUAGUGAAUUAAUAUAUAUAUAUAUAUAUUUACUCAAUAAUUCAAUUCAAUUUUGCUUACUUGUUGUUAUUAACUUGAUUUUAUUCCUCUAUCAAGAGAAAAAACAAAACACCAAUCAUUGUUGUAUGUUUGAAAUUGUUGCGUUUGCAUUUUCCUUCCCUCUUUUUUGUUGUUGUUGUUGUUGUUUAAAUCAGCUGAUUAUGUUCAAUUGUUCAAUUUUCGAUGAAAUUAUUAUUAAUAAUAAUAAUAUUGUGUUGUAUAAUGCAUAAUAGGUGAUGAUCGAUAAAUAGUAAUCAUAUGAAUGAGCAUGAUGCUUUGCCCCUCCCCCCCUUUGUUCAAAGUCAACUUAAUGUGUGUGUAUUUCAUUGAUUGAUUGAUCAUCUGUGUUGAUGUAUAUUUUGUUUUAACGGAAUAUCCAAUUUUCCAAUAAUGACAUAUGUGUUAUACUAUACUAACAAAUCUAUGUUUAUAAUUGUAUAAUAAUAUUCAUUUAUUUUAAACAAUUGUUUUGAUUCUUUUUUUUUUAAUGAUAGAUGUCAUUGAAUAAAUUGUGAUUUUAUUA